CGUGUCAGAGCCAGGCAGGGAGCCUCACAAAAAAGCGAGCCGUCAGUCGUAAAGAAAAAUCUCUCUCGAAGGUUUCAUUCGGAUCUCCGUACACGAUUGGUGUUGCGCCGCGAAUAAAAGAAGAAACCACUGAUACUGCUUUCCUGCUGGCUAGGCGAGAGAGAGGGGUGAAAAAAGGUGGAAUAAUCGUACAGUUUCGACUUUUUUGAUUGGUCUACAGUGAAAUAGGAAGGACACAACAGUUCCGGAUCUGUGAGUGGUGAACCAGGAAAUGUCAGCAUCUGCGAUGAGUCCCGAAUACGAUUACCUUUUCAAACUGCUGCUGAUCGGCGACUCGGGUGUCGGAAAGUCUUGUCUGCUGCUGAGAUUUGCUGACGAUACGUACACGGAGAGUUAUAUCAGCACAAUCGGAGUCGACUUUAAAAUUAGAACAAUUGACUUGGAUGGAAAAACAAUCAAACUGCAAAUUUGGGACACUGCCGGCCAGGAGCGCUUCCGUACGAUAACGUCUUCGUACUACCGGGGUGCACAUGGUAUUAUCGUGGUGUACGACUGCACCGAUCAGGAAUCGUUCAACAACGUGAAACAGUGGCUGGAGGAAAUCGAACGCUACGCCUGCGAGAACGUCAACAAGCUACUGGUCGGCAACAAGUGCGAUCUACAGACUAAGAAGGUGGUCGAUACGACUACGGCUAUGGAUUACGCAAAUCAGCUUGGCAUUCCAUUCCUGGAGACGUCCGCCAAAAAUGCGACCAAUGUGGAACAGGCUUUCAUGACGAUGGCAGCGGAAAUCAAGAAUCGUGUCGGGCCACCAUCGAGUGCAGCGGAGGCGCCGAGUGCCGUCAAGAUUGACAAGGGUCGCAAUGUCGAGGCAAAGUCGGGCGGCUGCUGCUGAACGGUUGGUUGCUACUACAUUUCAUUCGUUCGUACGUUCUGUUUCUAGUGUACAAUUCCCCCUCCAAACAAGUAAAAACAAACAAGAUAGCAGCAUGAAUCCAGGCGGGCUUUCGUGUUUCUUCUUCUAUUACUUCAAACUACAAUGUUUGUGCACUAUUCUACUACCAUAUUUUUCAAUAAAAUACAACCGAGUAUUGCAGCAGGUAAGCAAAUCCGUUUUUCAACCACGCAUUCUCACAUUCAAAGCGGAAGGUAAUCUAUAUGCAGACGCUACAACACAGCAGAAAUGAUAACCAGUUUAGGUCGCCGUCAGCCUGGCUCUAUUUAUCUAGGAAAUAGGGACAGUGAAACAAGGAAAACAUACGCGCGCAGUUGAAGAUGGCAAAAGUCGAAGCAAGGAGAAGGUAGCGAUAGUUGAUGAAUAAACGCUAGCAUAAGGAAAAACAAUAUUAUUCAUUAGAGGAAAUACUUUUACUAGAGCGAACCAACCAAGGGAAAACCAGCUGUGGAUUGGAUUAGCAAGCGUCAGGCCAACAUUUGUAUUGAUGAAUGGUAGGUAGGCCGCUUAUACACAAACAGAAAAGGGCAAAUUUUGAAUAAAUUAGCAAAGCAGUUGUUUUGCCGGUCGGAAAUAAGAACGUUCUUUUCCGAGAAAAGAAAUCUACAGUGAAUAGAGAAGAACGACCCUAUCGAUCGGAGAAAGUGAUAGAUUAAUCCAACUGAUACUGCGUCCUCUCUCAGAUUGAAUCCAAACCGCAUUCUUCUCGGUUAUUAUAAUUGUUUCCUGUGAAUGGUGGCUGAUUUUUUUGACAGUUUAAAAAUAACGUAAAAAUCGUGAAAUUCCACUAGUAAUAGCGACUUAGUUUGUCCCGUUCACCAUUUUUUAAUACAAUUGAUGGUAAUCCCACACUAACGGUUAUGAGACAUAGAAAUGUACUAAAAAAACGAUACAUACCCCAUACAAGGGCAGUAGAACGAGAAGCAAAUUUCCGUAGGCUCUUAUCAGAUAGUUUAUAUUCAUAAAAUAAUAAGCUGAGUCUUUUGUGUCUACUAUUUUAUUUUAAACAAGUGAUGAGAAGGUUUAUAUCGGAUGUAUUUAUUCGUAGUCUGGCGCUAUUCGUUCAGUUAGAAACAAAUCAAAUUUAUUUUAGUCGGCUUCUCACCCCAAUUUUUGCCCAAACCACAGAAGCAAUAUUUUCUUUUCGCAUACUUUCCCGUACAAAUUCAAUAGAGUCAACAACAAAAUCAUCCACUCAAUAUUAUCCCACUAUGAUCGCGUAUAUUUUAUACUCUCUACUAAUCGAUCGUUCUGAAAUGGAGUACCCAAGCUGAAACCAUUGAAGAUUAAAGCGAUUUCGGAUUGAUUUGGGACUACUAUUAUAGACACGAAGCAAAACUGAAACGAAAACAACAGCGGCACGCAACCAAUAGAAUGGAACCCGGAGAGAAUACAGCUAACAAAUCGUAAAUAAAAAAACUUUAAAAAUUAAAAA